GGUUAUGAGCAAUAUAUCUAAUUUAUUUAUUUUUGAAAAUUGUUGAUUUAAUGGAUUUAAUAUAAUGAAUCCUGCCGUACACAAGACUUGUGUUGAUGUAGACGAACAAAUUAAAAGUUUCCAUACCAAACAGGAUAUAGGGAUUGAGUCUGAUGCUUCACUUUAUUUACCAAUUAAAAUUGAAAGUGAUGAUUUUGAGGACACAUGGGUUAAACCUGAAUAUGUUAUGAUAAAAACUGAAAUAAAUUACCAGGAAAGUUCAGUUGCGGAAGAAGUGAAGGCGAGCUACACUAAUGAAUAUAAUACCGAGCUGGACGAGUUAGAACUUCAAAAUGACCCAACGGAACCCAAAAUAUACACAUUACUUCAAAGCGACCCAACCUCACCCUUGCGAAUGCAAGACGGACCAGAAACCAAGGACCCCUUGAAGGUGGUCAAUUACAAAUGUAUGACAUGCCCCUACGAGACCAACUGGAAAUGCAACCUGGUACGACACAGUCGCAGACAUACAGACGCAUCACUUUUGAAGUUAUUCCCUUGCGACAAAUGCGACUUCAAAUCUAAAUAUCAAGAGUCCGUCGCCUCUCACAAGGUGGUGCACAAAAGCCUGGUAGAAGUUCGAAUGUAUCGAUGCGAUUUGUGCGAUUUCGAAACACGACAUCGGGGUAACCUCCCGAAGCACCAGCUCCUGCACAAGGACCUGUCGGAGGUGAAGACUUACAAGUGCGGGAAGUGCGAGUAUGUAACGGUGUACAAGGCAAAGUUGGCGCGCCACCAAGUACGUCAUAGGAAUAAGCCCAAAGUACAAAGGUUUUCGUGUGAUAAGUGCGAUUUCGAGUCGAAAAGGGAGAAGACCCUCAUCGUUCACCUGAUAAAGCACAGAAGUGCUGGUGAUGUGCAAACGUGAUCUGUAGAAACGUCGGUUGCAACCAAAUGAGGAGUGACAGACGUGAAAAUAGAAAUCUAGCGUACGGGAUAAAGUGUGUAGAAUUUACAGUCAAUUAAGACUUAGAAAUACUGGAAAUGUAAAUAAGGAAGUGUUGUAAUUGUACUUUUAAGACCAUUGUGUCUUCUAUUCCAGAUUAGCAUCCAUUAUAACUGGUUUACAUAAAAUACUUUGGGUCGUUUUCUUUUUAAAUAUAUUCUUAAUGGUUUCUUACGGCAAUUGCACAGACGUGUGCGAAAGAGAUAGAGCUAGUGCAGGCUUAUCCUUCGUUCACAGAACUUCGACUACUGUGGCGCACUACAUUUAAUUCAACCAAUCAGCUAGCUAUACUCGAUUCCUUACCCCUUUUUUCUGUUGGGCCAUACUCCCAUUUGAAGUUAGAUUGAAAGUAUGAUUAAGUUAAAAAUUUUGAAAAAUUAUUGAUUAGGUUUUUGAUUAUAUUCAGAUGAAUGACAGAAGGUACAGCUGACUAAUUCCUGAUCUACAAAGACUUUAUAAAAAUAAUAUAGAGACUAGCAGAAGACA